AUGGCCAAGCAGCCCCCCGAGGUGAAGGCGCGACGCGACGGCGAGGGCGGGCGGCUGCCGGCGGCCGAGGGGCCGGGCCCGGGCGCGCAGCUGCGCCCCGGCGCUCCCGCCGCCCUGCCCGGGGCCGGCGGCGGCAACGGGAACGGGAACGGCUCCGGCGCGGCGCGGGGCCCGCCCGCCAGCCCCGGCCCCUUCGCCACCCGCUCGCCGCUCUUCAUCUUCGUGCGGAGGUCGCCGCUGCUGCCGCGCUCCUCCAGCGGGUACUUCUCCUUCGACGCCGAGCGCAGCCCGGGGCCCCUGUGCUGCGACAAGGCCACGCAGACCCCCAGCCCGCCCUGCCAGGCGCUCAGCCACUGCCUCAGCGCCAUGGCUUCCCGGUGGCACUCGGUAGCGGAGGACGUGCAGCCCGAGGUGUGGAUCGCGCAGGAGCUGCGGCGCAUCGGGGACGAGUUCAAUGCCUCCUAUUGUCCACGAAGGGGUUUCUUGGAUCACCAGGUGGGAAACCCCCAGGUCAUCAUCCUGCGCCUGCUGCGUUACAUCAUCCGCCUCAUCUGGAGGCUGCAGUGAGCGCCCGGCGCCCCCCGAGGCUCCACGACCUCUUUGCUCGCUGGGAAAGGCUGGGAAGGACAGACAGACGGAUGGGAUGUGGGGCUCCCACCCUGCUUCUCCCCCAGGACACGUGGCAGGACGAGGCUGUUCAUCCCACGCCGACCUGCCGGGCUCCGGUGCAGUGUUUUAUCCCAGAGUGGUGUUUACUCAGCGUUUCAACUUUUAUUCCUUUUUAUUUUUUUUUUAAUUUUUUUUUUUUCCCGAAAGAGUCUCAGUGAAAACGUGGAAUAAUUUGUUGUCAUCCCUUCCUGGAAUCCUCUGGGAAACCUGAGCCAGCUGAUGGGCGAGAGACUCAGAUUCCUCCCCUGUCCCUUUGCCUCUGGGGCAUUUGCCCACCAAAAAGGCUGGAAGAAGGGCAGAGGGCUUUCAAUCAGCACUUCUUUUACCUGUAAAUACCUAAUGCUACCCCAGGUCCACCUUCAUUUGCAUCAUGCAAAUUGCCUAUUUCCUGCUGACUGAUGAUUUUUUUAUGAUUUUUUUUUUUUUGGUCGUUUUUUUAUAUCUCUGUGGUUUUUUAUACACUCUGAAUUUCAAAGACUUCGCUGUCGAACUCCAGGGUCCAAACCAUCACAACCAACCAACCAACCAACCAACCAAACACAAACCCCGAUCCACCAGGUUGCCUU